AUGUGGUGGUUACAAGACAGAAGGUGCUUUGGGAUUUUAUCGUUUCCUAUGAUGGUGGCCAUGGUUUGCUGCGCUCAAAGUGUUAAUGAGCCCAGCAACAUGUCAUAUGUGAAAGAAACAGUGGAUAGAUUGCUCAAAGGAUAUGACAUCCGCUUGAGGCCGGACUUUGGAGGCCCUCCUGUUGAUGUUGGGAUGAGAAUAGAUAUAGCCAGCAUAGACAUGGUGUCAGAAGUCAACAUGGAUUAUACUCUUACAAUGUACUUCCAGCAGUCUUGGAGAGACAAAAGACUUUCAUAUUCAGGAAUUCCUCUAAAUCUUACUUUGGAUAACAGAGUAGCUGACCAGCUCUGGGUGCCGGACACAUACUUCCUCAAUGAUAAGAGAUCAUUUGUUCACGGGGUUACUGUGAAAAACAGAAUGAUUCGCCUACAUCCAGAUGGAACAGUUCUGUAUGGCCUAAGGAUUACAACCACGGCUGCUUGUAUGAUGGAUCUACGUCGAUACCCUUUGGAUGAACAAAACUGCACUCUUGAAAUUGAAAGCUAUGGAUACACAACAGAUGACAUUGAAUUUUACUGGAAUGGAGGAGACAAAGCCAUCACAGGAGUUGAAAAAAUUGAGCUUCCUCAAUUUUCUAUUGUUGAUUACAAAAUGGUUUCAAAGAAAGUGGUUUUUUCAACAGGGAGCUAUCCUCGGUUAUCUCUCAGUUUUCAACUUAAAAGAAAUAUUGGAUAUUUCAUUUUACAAACAUAUAUGCCUUCUACGUUGAUUACUAUUCUUUCCUGGGUAUCUUUCUGGAUAAAUUAUGAUGCUUCUGCUGCAAGAGUUGCUUUAGGCAUAACCACUGUGCUUACAAUGACUACCAUCAGCACACAUCUGAGAGAAACCCUACCGAAAAUUCCUUAUGUGAAGGCUAUAGAUGUCUACCUAAUGGGAUGUUUUGUAUUUGUGUUCUUGGCAUUGCUGGAGUAUGCUUUUGUAAACUACAUAUUCUUUGGAAAAGGUCCUCAGCUGCAAAAGAAAGCUGCAGAAAAAGCAGAGAAAUCAAACAAUGAGAAAUCCAGAGUGGAGAUGAACAAAAAUUUCACAAUAGUACUCACCUAUUUUUGCCCUGAGAUAUAUUCAUUUUUACUGCAGGUUGAUGCGCAUGGGAACAUUCUGCUUACAACUCUUGAAAUAAGGAAUGAAGUCAGUGGAUCAGAAGUUUUGACGAGUAUUAGUGACCCAAGAGCCACCAUGUUUUCAUAUGACAGCGCAAGUAUUCAGUACCGAAAACCACUGUCCAACAGAGACCUGUAUAGCCGAAAUGCGUUGGAUAGGCACAUGGUUCAUAAAAAGGGCCGCUUACGGAGAAGCGCAUCUCAAAUAAAAAUAAAAAUACCUGACUUGACUGAUGUGAAUGGCAUAGACAGAUGGUCAAGGAUGAUCUUUCCAAUUGCUUUUGCAUUUUUUAAUGUGGUGUAUUGGCUUUACUAUAUACACUAA